AUACCUGGUCUCCCCUAAAUUGUUGCGUUUUUCCCAUCUCUGUACCAGCAGUCCAAUCGAUAGCCAGUUUAAAAAAAUCUUCCAUUUCCUGCUAUCUCUUUUCUUUGCAAACCUUCCAUGAAAACCUCUUCAAUCUGGGUGCCUCGGCCAUCUUUCCUCUUGUUCGCGUCGAUUGUAGACUAUAACUGCUCCCUCCAGGACUGUCAUCGAGGCUAAAAUCUCGCCCAUCAAUCCCCGAGCCACCAGACCCGAAGCCGAUUUGGAAAAUCUUCCGUCGAAAGCUGCGUCAAAAUAAAUUGCUACCCUUGUGUUCCCUUCAUGUUGUCUCUGCCUUCUAUCAACAUCUGAGAUUGUCCAUGAUGAAUAAGAUUAGCAGUCAGAACUGCAUGAUGAAUAAAUCUACUUAAUUCAUAGGCCGUCUACAUUUGCACAAGCAGCCAAACUUAAGAGGGGGGCUCCUGCCAAGGAGAAGGAACUUACAAAUUGAGCCCACUUUCCUUUUUAAGCCAUUGUGAAGCAUACCGGCAACCAGUACCCUUUCCGCUUGGUUUUGGGCGACUAGCAUCUGCAUAGUGUAAGAAUGGAGUCAGGGGCGAAGGAGGAAGGGAAAGUGCUGGGAUACAACAGCAAAAAGGUGAAGAAAGUGGCGAUACUUUCAACACUGGCCGCACUCCUUGAUGAUCCAAUUCUCGCCGAUGUCCCUAAGAAACCCAGUUUGUCCGAUGUUGAUACCCUAAUCAACCUUGAACUGGGGAGUGCCAUGUGUAUCUCUAUCUUCAAAUUAGAUGGAACCUCCUUCGAUGUUGCAGUGAUGAAUUCAGCCACAGUGAAAGACUUGAAGCUCGCAAUCAAGAAGAAAGUGAUCGAGUUAGAGCAAUCCAAGAUGGGUCAUCGACACAUUUCAUGGAGGCACGUUUGGGCUAAUUUCUGCCUAGCACACCACAAUGGGAAGCUCCUUGAUGAUGACGCCGCACUUCACGAUUUUGGCGUUCGAAAUAAUUCUCAGGUACAUUUUUUACCUUAUGUUGUCUCAAAAGGUUCUGGGAGACAUUCUAAGAGGAGAAAACACCGUUUCUUCCAUGGCCUGAGCAAGCUUUCAUGAUGACAUGCAAUCAUUCGGGCAUCCCUGUUUUCUGAUCCAACUCAUUCCACAAAUUCACAAUGUUCCAUAGCAAAGUAAAUGUGGUACAAGUACAUUGAUUUCUAGUUGACAUUUUAAAUAAAUUUUAAAGCUCUUGUAAUACUAAAAUUUUAAUAAAUUAGCUUUAUCAUAUC